CCUUGUUAAAUGCUCAGCUUUAGGGCUCACGCUUUGGUGUCCGCGUCUGCUAGGCGUCUCGCGCCGGUUUCUCUUGCAGUGCGCCCUCGCCUGCUCUCUGCCAAGGCCGCAGCCGGCACCAGUCCCGCAGGAAACAUGUCGACCAAGCUCUACGUUGGCAACCUCUCGUGGGAGACCCGGGCUGAUGAUUUGACCAACUUCUUCAGCAAGUUCGGCGCCGUCGAGGAUGCCUUUGUUGCCACCGAUCGCGAGACCGGCCGCUCGCGUGGCUUCGGCUUCGUGACCCUGGAGACGACUGCCGCCAAGAACGCCUGCGCUGAGUGCGACGGCACCGAGUUCAUGGGCCGCACCAUUCGCGUGAACGAGGCUACUCCUCUCGGCGAGAGGCCCGCUGGUGGCCGUGGUGGCGGCCGCGGUGGCUACGGUGGCCGUGGCCGUGGCAACUACGGCGGUGACAGCUACGGAGGCGACGGCGGCUACGGCGGCGGCCGUGGCUACGGCGGUGGCCGCGGUGGCUACGGCGGUGGCUACAGCGGUGGCCGCGGUGGCUACGGUGGCAGCGGUGGCUACGGUGGUGGCUACGGCAACAACGGCGGCUACUAAGCGGAAGAUGUUAG